ACACCAUACCGUAUUUCAUUUCUUCUUCUUGGAUCGGUCGACUUCCCAAAAAUUUAUGGAAAAUGGCAACAGCAGUGUCAAAGUCAACUAAGGACAGUAUGGCCAACGAUGCGGAUGAUAAUUUUGAAAUCUUGGACCUGGCAGAGGCUGGCAAGAAUUGGUUGGAGAGAGCGCUAGAUGGAGAACUAUCGAAGAAAUCAGUUCCAGUUCAGCUUGCUAUGGGUGGAACAAGUGGAUGGGUUGCUGGAUAUCUGUUUCAGAAAGUGAGUAAAGCAGCAGCAACAGCAGUAGGAGGUGGAUUUAUGUUGAUAUUGGUAGGUCAUCAUACUGGUUACCUGAAAGUGAACUGGAAGCAGUUUGAGAAGGAUAUAAAUAAAACACAGCAGACAGCUGUCAAGGAGGUUGAGAAAAGAUAUCCAGCCUUUCAAGGGGCAUUCAAUAAAGGGAAGGACCUUGUCAAGAAGAAUGUGAUGAUAUCAAGUGGAUUUGCCGCGGGAUUCCUUCUUGGAAUGGCAAUGUAACAAAUUCAUUAUCAUUGAACUAUAUGAAUGAAUGGAUACGCCAGGCAUACCUCUGGCAACAGACUGUCACAGACAUCUCUCUCUCCUUCUCCUGGA